UCUCGUGUCCUGAUGACUCCCUUAGCAAUCUCUCCGCCGAGAAGCACACCGGAGCCGGAUAUUAGUUCAAUUCCCCAGGAUGCAGCUACGAUACCCAACUCAGCCACCCCACAGGCUCUCACAGUCUGCAUUUAUGUCAACAAACAAGCGAACCUGGGGCCAUACCUUGACAGAAAAAAAGUGCAGCAGCUCCCAGAGCACUUUGGACCUGAGAGACCAUCUGCAGCCCUGCAGCAGGCUGUUCAGGCCUGCAUCGACUGCGCACUACAGCAAAAGGCGGUCUUCUCGCUCAUCAAGCAAGGCUAUGGAGGAGAGAUGGUGUCAGUUUCAGCUUCUUUUGAGGGGAAGCAGCAUCUCCUGAGCCUGCUGGUAGUGAACAGCAUCGGGUAUGUCCUACGCUUCCUGAAGAAGCUCUGUCGCAGCCUCUUGUGUGACAAUCUCUUCAGCAACCAGCCUUUCCAGCAGUACAACACCGUGUCAGAAAGCCCAGAGGUGUAUGAAAACAGACGGAUGGAGGCAGCAGAAACGGUUGUACCUGAGGACUACCUGGUUGAUUCUGCAAACAUGAAGCGGUACAGCGUGGAUCCUGCUGAUUCUGCCUUCAGUUGCGUGGGCUCCGUGUACGCCAUGCGGCAGAGUCCUGCAGACGGACGUCCUGCUGGAGGCUCCUCUUCCUCCUGUAGCCAUCGUCCUGCCCAGAUGUCUUCAGGGGGAUCCUCGUCUACUGGCCUGCGGCAUCAGACCUCCAGUCCAAUGAGGAACGAGACCUAUCUUGAAGGAAACAGAAGUGCCUCAAGUCCUUCACCAGAACGAAAAGAUGUGGCUCGGCCAUCAAGCAAGAAUCCUUUGACCUGGACGGUGGAUGACGUGGUUUGGUUUGUGAAGGAUGCAGACCCUCACGCUUUAGGUCCCCACGUGGAGCUCUUCAGAAAACACGAGAUUGAUGGCAAUGCUUUGUUAUUGCUGAAAAGUGACAUGAUCAUGAAAUACCUGGGGCUGAAACUGGGACCUGCGCUGAAACUGUGUUACCACAUUGAUAAGCUCAAGCAAGCCAAGUUCUAA